AAAGGCAGAUGGCGUCCACAGUAUUAGCUGUUGUGGUUCUUGGACUGUGUCUGGUACAACCUGGAGAACCCUUUUUCGGUAACGGAUUUUUCUGGCCGUCUGCCUGGCAAGUGCAGACCCGUCGUGGUCCGCUGUGUAUGGAGUGUGACUCCGCAUGGCACUCCAGGUGUACAGAGACAGCCAUUCCGGACCACGACCAAGAUAUCAGCACGACGAGAGCUACCAAAUACUGCUAUGUCAUGAAGGAAAUGAAUCUCUUCAACGGAACAUCUGUGGUAACCAGAGGGCGAGCAGACGACCUCAGCAUCCGGGUUCCUAGCCGAGGAGGGUGUGCCGUCAAAGACAACAAAGAUGGCCGCCUUUUGGCGCUCUGCGUCUGCAAUACUGAUAACUGCAAUGGGAAAUCCGUAGGCGACCUUGGCGGCCAAUUUCGAAUGAAGGAAGACACAGCGAAAUUGGUGGAAGAUGUUAUAAAACCUCCGAAGCAACGUGAGAUGGCGGAAAUCAGCAAAGAAGAUUUGAUAUCACUGGAAAUAGCCUUGCAGCAACAAAAGGAAGACGAGGAAGAAGAAAAUGACAACGAACUUGAAAGACCUCUGUUGCCACCUAAGAAAAAUGACAAACCCAAACCAGGAAAAGGCAAGGGGAAAGGCAAAGGCAAGGGUAAAGGGCAGGACAGGGGCAAAGGGCAGGGUCGAGGUCGAGGUCGAGGUCAAGGUCAAGCUAAAGUUGAUUUCUCAUCUUCGUUUCUGAACGGGAAUGUCAUAGGUCCAGCUCUAAAUGGCGCUUUGCCGUUCUUUGGCCUUGGCGCUCUUCCCAAUAAACCAAGGCGCGGGAAAAGGCAGACGACCGGAAACGAUCCCUAUGACGUCACUCAGAUUUGCUCCUACUGUGGCGACCUCAAGUGUCCGACGGACUUUGCUCUUCCUCCCUACACCAGUUCUAUCAUGAAUGACCCGGCAAAAGCAUGCAAGCGCAGACACAAUGGCAACUACCAGCUGUGUGAUUCCUGUGUCAACUACGUCACGUGCGAGAUGGAAAACUUCCGGUUCCGAAGUUGCACUCCGGGAUUGGUGUGGAAUGAUUUCACGAAAACGUGCGUCUACCCUUGGGAAGAGUCCCCCAUGGCGUCCUGCUACUUAACUUACUCGGACAGGAGGACAAUCUGUGAUCAUUAUUACAACCAGGAGGUGUCCAGUUUUUGUGCGUUUUAUCAGAAUUAUUUCACCGGAAUAUGUGAUGCGUCCUUGUAUCCAUACUCGGGACGAUGUGCUGGAAAUUAGAUCUCGACUGAGAGAUUUUUAAAACUCCAUCUUGCCAACAGAUAUUUUGGAAAUGCAGCUUUUACAGAACUUUUAAGGACUAUAGACUGAUAAAUUUUUACCUUACUUAUGGUACGAAUUAUAUGUGGAAUUGAUUUUGGUUGUACAUAAUCAGCGUUAAGUUCGAAAAAAAAAAAAAAAA